CUUUUGCAAGUAUAAGAAGCCACACGCACUCACUCUCACUCAGAAUUCAGAAAUAGUAGAGUAUGUAGAAGAGUCAUUCCAAUUUUCAACACACUCACACACACACUUCACCAGUGUCAAUGUGAAAUCAACACAACCGUAUGCGAAACAGUGAGUGAUGAGGAAGUUGAGAUGGGUAAUGGAUGGAGGAGGCUUUUGGGACCUUGAUGUCUCAACUCCAAAGACCCUCGAGGGUUCGGCCUGCCCUGUUUCUGGGAAUCCUCUACCCUUGGGCCUUUCCAGGGGGCCCAGGCUUUCCAGGCCCAAGCAGGUUGACUUCAUGCAGCGCUUCAUGUUCGCUCCGUUUGUUCCUUCCUUCUCCAAACCAAAUGGACUCUCCCUCCAGCGAGUCCUCUCCCUCCCACUCAACGAUGACUGGGUUGUAUAUCUUCUUGGUCAAUUCCAUUUGCAAAAAUUCAUUUCAUUUGUUAAAAGAAGUGAGGAAAAGCCAUCUCGAGUUUCGUCUUGGUUUAAAACCAUUGGGAGACAGCUGCAGCAGAAAUCCUUAUAUGCACUGGGCUUGUUUUCAGAGUUCCAGUUAACAUCGGAUGAUAUCUUACAUUUGGCCUUAGACUAUGAUGAUAAUCCAAGAGGGAAAGCAAUUCUUCGUCACAAGUUUCCUAGUCAUGAACUCACAGCGGAGGCAGUUUUGCCUGGUCUUUUUGUUGACAAGUCUGGUAAUUAUUGGGAUGUUCCAUUUUCAAUGGCGAUCGACUUUGCUUCCCUAUCAACCAGCGAUUCUUCUAUGAGUUAUCAUUUAUCUGCGCACUAUAACUCUGGGUCACCUGAGCCCUUUGACAGGAUCCAAAAUCAAAUUGGCGGACCACCACGAAACAUACUUCCAGGUUUAGCCCUCAAAAGUUCCAUAUCUUUCAGGAACAAGGUUGAUAUUUGGAAAAGUGAAGCUCCUAAGUUGAAAUUGGUGCAACCAUAUGACUUGUUCAUUUCUAAUCCUAAUGUGUCUGCAUCAUGGAAUAUCGGUGCUGCUGCUACAACUGGUUUUGGAGAGAGUGCAGAAAGAGCACUGGCAAAUGAAGAUCCCAUAGGUUUUUUUAUUGAUAAUCCUGAUGGGCUUAAUGCUUCGUUUCUAGCAGAUACAUUUGCAUCUGCUUCUCUUACAGCCCAACUUGGAAACUUCCAAAAGCGUUAUCUAGAUCUUACGCGAUUUCAGGCCCAGCUGAAUAUACCUUCAGGUACCAAAUUCUUUUAUGGUGCGAGAAAUCUAGCACGGGAAUAUUUCCAAUCCAGAAAGCCCAGCUUGGAUGAUUUUCAGGCAGUUUGCCCCGAUGCCACCUUAUCUUUUCAACAGCAGAUUUUUGGGCCGUUGAGUUUUAGAGUUGAUUCAGGAGUAACAAUUGAUUUGAAGGACCCUAACAUUGUAAAAGCAAAGGAUUCAGUAAUAGCAAUUGAGUAUGCAUUGCAAGUACUUCUUUCAGCAAAAGCAGUUGCAUGGUAUUGUCCCCAGCGCCAAGAGUUUAUGGCAGAACUUCGCUUCUAUGAGAAAUAAGGAGUUUCAUCAACACACAUUACUCCAUAGCCAUUCUUUUAAUUUCAACUUAUUCUUUUUUUGGUUCUUUAGAUUAAAUUGCAAGGUUGUUGUAUGGUCAUGUAAACAAGUGGUUGUUAUUUAUCAAUCUCAAUUUCUGUGGAAAUAGCUAUUUCUAUUUUGUUACUUUUUUCUUUCAAUAUCUUUUGGGAUUAUAAUUG